AUGCCGGGGGGGGACCCGCGCACCGCAGCUCCCACCGCGCACCCACCGCCACGCCCGGGCCGGGGCCGGGGCCGGGGCCGGGGCCCGCCCCGCUCCUUCCGGGGCAGCGCCGCCACCGCCAUUGGCUGCGGCCGCGGGCGGGACCGCGGUUGGAGCGUUCGUAUCCUGCCCGGGAAAGGCGGGAUGGCGGCCGAGCCGCUGCGGGCGGCGCUCGGGCCGUGGCAGCUGCGGGACCUGGCGGCGGGGACUCUCCCGGUCCCGGUCCCGCGCUCUGUCCCGGUGCCAGUCUCGGUCUCUGUUCGCAUCUCUCUCUCUCAGUCCCGGACGAUCUGCUGGGCUCAGUCUCUGUCCCGAUCUCUCGGUCUUCCUGUUUCGGUUCAAGUCUCUCGCUCUCUCUGUCUUGGUUCUGGUCUCGGUCUCUGUCCCGUGUGGGUGAACACGGUGUGGGAUCUGGAUUUCACGGACACCGAGCCUCUGGAUUCCUGUAUAGCAGAAAAGAUUACGGACGACGGGCUCGACAACUUUACCAGCCUGUACAGUGCUCUGUCACCGUUUGCUGCUGAGGACUCGGAGAACAGAGAGAAUAUCUGGACCGUGCUUGCCGAGAGCAGCCUGUCCCACCAGGCUCUGGUGGCCGUGCUCCACCACUUUGUGCACGCGGGGCAGGACAAGAGAGCAGAUGCACAGCAGAGGGUUUAUGGUCUGCACGCAGCUGGGCUGUACUUCCUGCUGCUGGAGAUCCCAGGCAGUAUCGGUAACCAGCUGUUCCAUGAGGUGAUGUUUGAUAAGUGCCUUCACACCCUGACAAAGUGUUGGCCUCAAGAACUGAGGGGAAGAAAAAAGACGCAUUCUCAAAGCUCUCAGAGCAAUCCAGGACAGAAUAGAAAGAAAGGAAAACGGCGCAGGAACAACAACUCCAGUAUGGAAGAGAGAUUGGAAGAGGAGGAAGAGGAGGAGGAGGAGGAAGAAAACGAUGAACAUGUUUACUUUUCAACACAAGAUCUUCUUCAAAUCCGCAAUGCAGUCUUCCUUCUUUUGAAAAACUUCUUGAAGCUUCUACCCAAGUUCUCCCUAAAAGAGAAGCCUCAUUGUUUUCAGAGCUGCCUGAAGGUCUUUGUGGAAAUGGCAAACUUUGAGCCAGAGGUGCACGAGUUCCAGUUUUCAUCAGCAAUGGAUGUUAAUGAAGCCAAGAACAUUCCUGAGCUGGCCUACUAUGGACUGUACUCACUGUGUUCCCCUCUCCACAGUACAGAAGAUAAGGCUCUUCACUAUGUCUUCUAUCAAAUGCUCUAUGUCAUUCUGAUGGUGAAAAGUUCUUUCGGUUCCAAAUACGAAGUCCUUCCCAUCACAUCAGCGGUGACCAGUGCCAGGAAUCGGGCUGUAAAAUUCAUCAGUUCCCUGGUAGAUGAGCUGAAAGAAGCUGUAUUUCGUCUUCUUCGAACGUUACUGCAACAUAUCUGUGUCAAGGUCCCAGACAAGGCUGAUUAUCGCACGUACGCUGCACAGGCCCUGGUGACUCUGCUGAACAAACUGCCUCGUGUGGAGUUCGCUGAAUUCAUCGCUUGGCUGUAUAAAUUCUCACUCCUUAGCAAAACUUCCUACAGAGUGUUUGCUCUUGACGUGGCCUUAGCUUUGCUGGAUGUGCCAGAGAGGAGCCUGGAUGACUCCUUGCCCCUGGAUCACCAGAGGUUUCUGAAGCACAAGUUCUUAGUGCAGGUCAUGGUGUUCGGCCCGUGCUCGGACAAAGCCCCCGCGGUCCGGAGCAAAGCUCUGAGCAGCCUUGCCCACUGCCUGGAGAUGAAGUCUGCUGCUACCCUGGAGAGCAUCCGGGACUUAGUGCAGAGCUCCUCUGUCCAUACAGUGCUGGAGGCAAACACAAACACUGCCAAUGGGAGAGUCAGUGCUGAAGCUGUGUCCAACCAUCCACAGAAGGCCUUACCUGCUUUCAGAAGUACUGAGCUGACAGAUAGCGGCAAUACCGCUGUGCUUGAGGAAAAAGAAGUUAUGGCCAUGCUGAGAGAGAGAGCUGGAGAUGAGAAAACCAACGUGAGGAAAUCUGCUCUCCAGGUCCUCACGGGCAUCCUGAAGCACGAGGUGACCCCUUGCUCUGCAGAGGAUUUGCUGCCCCUCCAGGAGCGGUGCCGGGACCCCGCCGUGUCCGUGAGGAAACAGUCCCUGCAAUCCAUCACUGAGCUCCUCCUGUCUCAGCACAGCAAUGUUCUAGUGCAGAAGGCCUGGUUAAAUGGAGUGGUGCCUGUUGUGAUGGAUGCAGAAAGCUCUGUCCAAGAAAAGGCCUUGGAGUACCUUGAUCAGCUCUUGUUGCAACAUAUAAAACCUUACCAGAAGUUCAGGAGUGAUGAUGUGAAGCAGGGGCUGGCGUGGGAUCUGCUCACCCUCUUGUCUUCAGAAUGCCAGGAGCUGAAUGGUUACUUGAGCAGAGCUUUCAGCACCUGGUCCCAGCAGAACAAGUUCACCCCCACUUUCAUCCGUAACCUCCUGUCCCACGUGGAAACGGAACGUGCUGUGGCAGCUUGGAUGCUGCUUGCUGAGGUGACAAGUUCUUCACCCAGGAUGGAUUAUUCGGAGGUCAUUGAGUCCUGGGACAGUGUGGGCAGGCAGCAGAACACGAGCGCUGUUAUCACCAGACACGUCCUGUGUGCCAUCGGGCACGUGGCAAAGCACCUCCCAAAAAACACCUGCGAGAGGCUGAUUGACAAUAUCAAGUGCUGGCUGAAGGAGUUUCAGUGGCCCUUGGAGGUGAUGAGCCCUGCUGUGGAGACCCUGCAGAAGCUCUGCCGUGGGUUUGCAUGUGUGUCAGAGAAGGCUCAGGAGCUGCUCAACCAGGUGUUUGGAGAUUUAGUAUCCACCUGUGAGAGCUAUAUUUCGAAUAUAGUCCUCAAAGAGGAUGGAGCAAAGCAGCUGCAAGAAGAUCUCUUGGUGAGACACCUCCUCCUCCUGGGGCACGCUGCCCAGCAGUGCCCAGCCAGAGUGGGCGAACACACCUUCCUUCUGGUUCAGUCCAUCCUGGCUUCUGUCGACAAGGACCAAUUGGCUAAAUCUCUGGAUAGUGAGGAGAGUGCGGGUUUUCAGCCGCUGUCCCAGUUCAGAGGCUCAACCAUGCCUUCCGUGGUCAGGGCCCAUGCCUUCAUCGCUCUGGGUAAACUGUGCUUACAGCAUGAGGAGCUGGCAAAGAACAGCAUUGCACCUCUGGCCCGGGAGCUGGAGGUGUCCCAGGACGUGGCUGUCAGGAAUAACGUCAUCAUUGUGCUGUGUGACCUGUGCAUCCGUUACACAUCCAUGGUGGACAGAUACAUUCCCAACGUUUCCCUGUGCCUGAAGGACCCAAGUCCCCUCAUCCGUAAGCAGACCCUGAUCCUGCUCACCAACCUCCUGCAGGAGGAGUACGUGAAAUGGAAGGAUGGUCUCUUCUUCCGUUUCGUCAGUGUCCUGGUGGAUCCAGUCCCAGACAUCGCCAGGUUUACAGAGUUCUGCCUGGCGCAUCUCUUACUGAAGAGGAACCCAGUCAUGUUCUCCCAACACUUCAUUGAGUGCAUCUUCCACUUCAAUAGCUAUGAGAAACACGGGAAGUACAACAGGUUCCCCCAGAGUGCACGGGCGAAGCAUCUCUUCUCUCUGAAGGGGAAAGAUAACAGAGAAAAAAGGAUGCAAAUCUACACCUUCCUGCUGGAGCAUUUCACAGACGAGCAGAGGUUCCGCAUUACAACCAAGAUCAGCGACAGCAUCCUAGCUUGCUUUGUGGAUGGGGUCCUUCCACUGGACGUGGAAGCCGAUGAGCUGCUCUCAGAUACGUUCACAGUCCUCAGCUGCAAAGAAAUCAAGCUCUCAACUCUGAGGUCCAAACCCGAGGAAGACCUUGAGACCGAUGAAGACGAGAUGACAGUGGCCAGUACUGUUGUACAGGUGGCACAGAAAAAGCUCAUCUCGCAGGUUCAGAAGAAGAAUCUCAUAGAAAACAUCAUCCCAGUAAUCACAGCACUGAAGUCUCUGAUGGAGGAGAAGAGGAUGGCAGCUCUUAAGGACCUGAUGAACUACCUACGGGAAACGAUGCAGGAUUACCGAACCGAAAUCAAAGACAUCUUCGCCGCGGACAAGCGGCUGGCGGCCGAGCUGGAGUAUGACAUGAGGAAAUAUGAAGAGCAGCUGGCCAGGGAGGAGGAGUCAGGCCACCAGCAGGUCCUGGCAGCGCAGGCAGAGGUUGUUGGUGCUGUUAAGUCUGCAUCUCCAUCUUUGGAGGGAGCUGCACCUCUUGGUGGCCAGAAUAACACUGCUCAGCCUCCUGGAUCAGUCCCUUCCUCCGUGCCUUCUGAGCUGGCUGCAGCUCGUGCUGGUGCCCUGAAGGAGCAGUUCCUGGGUCGCAGGGCACGAUCCCUGAACACACUGGCCAUCCUGAACUCUGCCAAGAAGGCUGUGGAAGAGCAGCUCAGGAAGUGUGCCAGGAGGAGUUUAUCAGCUGCAUCAAGCACAGCAAGCAGCAAGCAUGUGUCCUUUCAAAACCUGAAUGGACAGUCCUCUGGAGACAAGGUGGCCUUGGCAGGUCGUGCCAUCAGCACCCCAGAGCAGACCAUUGAUGACGUGAGUUUUGGUGCUGGGGUCAGUCGCAUCAGCCUGACACACACACCCCGUUUGGCUCCAGGCAAGUCAUCUCUGGGAUCCCCCUCUGGGGAGGAGAGGGGGGAACCAAACCCAAAUGAUCAAACCUGUGGCUUUUUUUUUUUUUUAAAUACCAAAAUGUGUGUGUCCUUUGCAGAGGAUGACGAUGAGGAUAAGCCAACUGAUAUUAUCUGUUUGCCAUCGCCGGAGGAACCCCCAGCCCCACCUCGGCAGUGGAACGUGGAGUCCCCAGCCAGGAGAAGGAGCAGCCAGCAAGCCCCUCCGAGACGGUCCCACCGCAAAGCCUCCCAGAAACCGAAACAAUGA